CAAGAAACCUUUUCGUAUGAGGAGUAGAACAAGAUCAAUUAAGUGGAACAGAUAAUAAUGAAAGAACACCAACUGGGUAUGCAACCUAACCUGAACAGUUUCAAAUUCCAACAGAAACAAGGCAAAGACAUCCCAGGCAAGGCAAUCUAUAGCAUGAACGACCUGAAAGGUCAACAGAGCUUGCUCAGACAACCGAGCUCGAAGAGAACCAGAGUUCUCGAAAUGGCAAUGGGUAAAAUCCUUACCCACCUGAUCCCUGAUGACCCUUUGAUUCCUUUGCUGAACAGGGAUGCACAACCAGCUACAGUGGUUGCAACCCGUAACUCCCCAGCCCUAAGUAAUGUGGUGAUCCCAACCAAACCAAGGGGAAGUGGGAGGUUAAACCCAGAACCCAGCUCAUCCAGGCAUAAUGAAGAAUUGAUAAAGAAAAAUGCUGAUCUCGAAAGACAGUUCAAAGAUGUACAGAAAUCUAUUGACGAGCUAAAAAGCCCCAGGUCGCACCAACAGACCCUUGACUUGGAUAGUGCCCCGCUAAACGUAUCCAUCAUAACAGAACCAUAUCAAGAGGGAUUUAAAAUCCCCCACCUUGAGACAUAUGAUGGCUCGGGUGACCCAGAUGAACAUCUACAUACCUAUCAGGCCAUCAUGAGAAUUCAAAAUGCCAAUGAUGUCAUGAUGUGCAAAGUGUUCCCCGCGACACUUAAGUCAACGGCCAGAAGAUGGUAUCAUAAACUCCCCAGACACUCUAUAGACUCGUACUCCCAGCUCGCCAAGCUAUUCUCUAAUAAAUUUGCGAGCCAAAUGGAGAUUAAACGUACAACGACUGAACUGAUGCAGGUUCAUCAAAAAGAAGGGGAAUCUCUGAGGGAUUACAUGCAACGAUUCAACAAGGUUACUUUAGACAUUGACAACGUCCCCGACACCAUCUGCUUGUUUGCCUUGCUGCAUGGCCUGAAGCGUGAUCGAUUCCUAGACGACCUGCUAGAAAACCCACCAAAGACGUGGAACGAAGUGAAUGACAGGUCGGCUAGUUUCAUUAUGUCAGAGGACUUCCAGUCGUCCAAGCGACGGGCUGAUGAUAAGCAGAGCAAAAGCCAUGAACAACCACCGAGGAGAGAAGAAAAGAAAAAACAGAAAGUUAAUGAGCAGUGGGGGAAACCAGCUGACUUUCCAAAACCCCCACCCCCACUGCAUGAUUCCCCAAGGACAGACAAGAGCAAGCAUUGUGACUACCAUAGUACUUAUGGUCACAAUACAGAAGAUUGCCAACAUUUGAAGGACAAGCUGGAGUUCUUAGCUCGCAAUGGAAAAUUGGAAGGAUAUGUACAAAAGCCUUAUACCCAGCAACCAUCUCAAACUCACUUUGUGCAAGGAUAUGACCGACCUCAGAGGCAGAGGUAUCAGCUUGACAGCACACAUGAUGUGUACCAGGACAACCAAUAUCCUUCUGAGCAGGGCAGAGCCUACAGGGGACGUCAGUUCAAUAGGAGAGGCCAAGGACAAAGAACUGCCGCCCAGAACCAAAAAGAUAAAAAAGAGGUAGGCUAUGUUGGGAUACCCCCGCCCUCUGGUACAAUAAACAUGAUUUCCGGUGGUGUUCACUCAGGAGGCCAAAGCACCCGAGGUUGAAAAGCAUAUGCCCGCUAGGUGAUGACUGUUAAUAAGAACAGACCCUUGAA